AUGACUUCACCAGUAAUUAAUGAAUCAUUUUUACAAUGGGAUGCUGCUCAAGUAUCAACUUAUAUUAAUUCAAUUCUAUCUCCAGAUCAAAGACCAAUUAUAGGAAAUGUAUUUUUAGAUAAUAAUAUUGAUGGUUCAUUAUUGCCGUUCCUUACUACUGAACAUUUAAAAGAAGUUGGUAUAAUGUCAUUACAAACUAGAUUAUUAAUUAAAAAGCAAAUUAAUGAAUUAAUUACUCAACACUAUAAAAAACAUUCACCUCCAAAGACAUUAAAUGAUCCAGAUUAUAAACUAAAUCAUAUAAAUAUAAAUAAUAACUAUGUUUCCAUAGAAUCAUUAAACUUAUCAACUGUGUUAAUGCAGGAUAUGAUGAAAAAGAUUAGUUUAGAUAUACAAAAGGAUUCAAAUUUAACAUCACCAAUGUCACCUGCUCAGGAUGAAAUUAAAAAAUUAAGUGAUAAUUUUACGAAAUUAAAAACCGAUUUAAUUCCUGUAAUUAGACUAUUAAAAGAUUCAAAACCAUUACCAACACCAACAUUAGAUCCUGGGCCAGUGUCCGUGGAAUCACAAAGUUAUUUCAAUUCUCAUGAGCCUGAAGAAAAAGAAUCACGACCUACUAGUACAUUAUAUGGAAGUAAUAAAAAUUCAGCACAACCAAGUCCAUUAUCUAAUAGAUUUUCAUCAGGUACUAUUCUAUCAAUGGGUACUGGUAAAAUCAUACCUCAAUCGGUACCAAAACUAAAUGAAUUAAAACCAAAAGAUUUCAAAUUGAAACCAAUUCCUCAUAGUGAUUCCAAUAAAAGUUUAAACUCCGAAUCAAAACCAAAGUUAUCUCAAGAAAUUUCAUCAAAUAGUACAUCAACAAUAGGUAGUAUUGCAAAGUCAAAUAAUAUGAGUACUCAUACGGUCAAUACUAAUCAAGCAUCACAUUCAAGUGGGAAUGAACCUUUAAAACAAUUAAGAGCAUCAACUGAUGAUUCAUGUUUGAAAAUAUUACAACAAGCAAUGAAAAGGCAUCAUAUACCAAGAGAUGAUUGGUCUAGAUAUGUAUUAGUUAUAUGUUAUGGCGAUAAAGAACGAAUAUUGAAAUUAGCAGAAAAACCAGUUGUCAUAUUCAAAGAAUUACAAGAAUUAGGUAAACAUCCAGCAAUUAUGUUAAGACAAUUAGCUGAAACGACUCCAGAUGUAGAUUAUGAUAACAGUCCAUUAUAUGAAGAUGCUAGAAUUGGUCAAGAUAUCCCUGGUGGUUUAUUAUAA